ACUUUUUUAUUCUUCAAUGUUUUCACUUGGAAUCAAAGGUGCACGUGUAGAAUUAUAGAGUUAUAAAUAUAAAAAAUAUUAAUUUGUGCGGAAUACAUCAAAUUGUCCGUAAUGACAAUACAACUUGAUAAACGGGGCUUAAUGUCUCUAAUGCGAACAGAGAAUGAGCGUAUUAUGGAUAUGUUACUUACUUAUAAUGUGCCGGACUCAAUUGAAGACAUCGAAUAUGAUGAUUAUCUGCUGAAUAAUGAAAAGUCUGCUGCAAAAGCCAAAAAUGCGUUGGAUGCGCGAAAAGCAACACCAAUUGACGAAUUGCAGGAUCGUCUUAAUAUUAUCAAAAACAAGAUGAAAACCAAAAAGCGUCCCGCGUCAGAGCGUUCACUAAAGAGACGUGAAGCAAAAAAGUUGAGAAAAAAUAAAGAAGUUAAAAAAAUAUUGGUCUCCGCGGCGAAAUCAAUUAAAAACGAAAAUCAAAAACAUGGAAAUGUGCGUGAGGGUGACAACGAGGAUAAAAAAGAUAUUAAAAAAAUAUUACCAAAACCUGUCUUCAAUGAGGAAGGUAAAAUUGUAUUUUCUAAAUUUGAUUUUGCGUCUCAUCCCGGUGCCAAAGUAAAGAAAUCACAUCAAAAUCCUCGUGAGAUUUUGAAGAAAAUAAAACAAACGGAUAAAAAAAUAAACGAACUCAAAGAACAAGGCGAAGUAGAGAAAGCUUCUGAAAUAAAAAGUGAAAUGGCUUGGAAGAAAGCCUUUGAUAAAAUUGAAGGCAAAAAGGUGAAGGACGAUCCGAAGUUGUUGUAUAAGGCCAUUAAAAAACGAAAGAGUGAAAAGAAGAAAUCUAAGAAAGAUUGGGUGGAACGUAAACAAAAGGUUGAGUCGGGCAUAGAGCAGAGACAAAAGAAACGGCAGGAAAACAUCAACAAACGCAUCAAGGAUAAAAAGACCAAGAAACUGAAGAAGUUAUCCAAAAAGGGACGGGUGAUACCCGGUUUCUAGUAUGUAUAGUUAAGCAAUUAUUUUUAAGAUCCUAAUAAAAUAAAUAUAAAAAAAAUAGAUAAAGCUGGCUAUUCUUUGAAAUUUCAUUCAAACAAUAUUUGUAUUCGAAAGAUUUUAGAAUAAAAUAAUUCUUUCAUAAAUUUUCUAUCAUAAAAAUAAAUUGCUCUAAGUGCGCUGAAUUUGAAGUUAAUAAAAGAUCCUCUUUCGUUAUACUCCUUUCCAGUAGAGGCAACGAGUUAACCAAUACAUUACGUCACGUAACGUCCGUUUUAUAGCAACGUUCUGAAAACAGCUGUUUAGAACUUUGCAUAUCAGCUCGGCAUUCGCUGAACAUACCGCAGAUAACAGUUGCUUGUGAUGACAUUUCAUUUUUGCAUAUGUGUGGUAUCCUUGUCGUAUAAUUAUUUCAACCGCUGUUGACGCCGUCGCAAAAACAUAAACAGUGUUGUAUUUUGAAAUAUUGUGCUUGAUUUUACAAGUCCGUCAGUUGAUAUUCAAAGUGAAUUGCAACCCUGUUCACAGCUGUCUGUCAAUUCGCAUAAGGUUUCGCAGUCGCAGCAGCGAAAUAAAGUUGAUAAUUGACAAAGACAGCAAGGCGAAAGAAACAUAAAAAGUCAGCAGUGCAGUUGAAAAUGAAGAAGUUUGCAAACGGUAUAAAGAUAUAAAUGCAAAGGAGGAAGUAAAAAAGCAAAGAAAAGCGGAGAGAACGAAAGAAAAAUAUAUUUUGACAACGUUUUUUCCAUUCGCGAAACGAACUACGUCUUAUAAAACAAAAUAAUCGGUUUAAAAUUUAGCUGAAAUACAAAAUU